UCUCUGCUGUUACUGCUCUGUAGUUUGCGAAAGAUUCGAUUUUUAUCUUCAACGGUUUGUUUUCCAAGGAAUCACAGAGAAUCGUGAGGGAUUAGUACAAAUGGCGCCGCGUAGAGGAAGAAGAAAGAAGGGAUUGAUGCGGGAGGAUGCGGCACGUGAUGCAAUGAGAGCAUAUGGAUUUGAGGAGGGUGUUAUCAAGGUCUGUAUCAAGGAACUGUUAGAGUUGUAUGGUGGGGAAUGGUUUCUGAUCGAAGAGUUUAGUUACUCGGUGCUUCUUAAUAAAUGUCUUGAAAAGCAAGCAGAACUAGACAGUAAUGUGGCUGAAGAAGAAGAAGCAAUGGCUGAGGAACAUAACGAAGAGAUGGCUCAGGAAGAACAAGACAAUAAUGUGGCUGAAGAAGAAGAAAUGACCGAGGAACAAAAUGAAGAUAUGGCUCAUGAAGAACAAGAACAAAGAGCUCAGGAAGAAGAAGUAGAGGAGGAGCAGGAGCAGCGUGUUGAGGAUGGAAGAGACCAUGUUGGUAGCAACUCAGCAUCUUUGGUGGGAUGUGGUGCCGAGACAGGAGAUGCAUCAGUAGUAGAUUCUGCAUCACCACCAGUAGCUAUUCACUCAUCAGAUUAUGCGCACCAUUCGGUUGGAGGUGCCAAAAGUUGUGGAUGGCUAAGUGAUGAGGAGGAUAGUGUUGUUGAUGAUGAUGAUGAGAUGAUUCAGCUGACUCCAGAACCGCUAUGUGAAGAACUCAAAGAGCUGUUGAGGGAAGUACGUGGAGAGGAGAAGAAGAGGAAGAGACCCACGAGGUGGGACACCUAAGGAGUCAUGAGCUCCUGUAACUAUCAUUGAAGUAAAGAAGCUAAGAAGUUUGACUAAAAGAGUAACUAGUAUUGGCAGUAAAAACGUUUAAUGAACCCAUCUUUACAUCUUUGUGUGGAUCUUCUUGACUUUUAGUUUAUGAUGUAAUUUAUGCUUGUGAUGUAAAACUGAGUAUUAGUUUGUGAUGUAAUCCUCCUAUUCUAUU